AUGGCUGGCUUCAAGGCGGAGCUGCUGCCUUUGGGGGCGGGAUUCGCCUCCGCAGCAGUUCCACUGGUUGCUGGAGCGGUCACCUGCAUUCCCGUCGCCGCCCCCUGCGGUAACGGGGCUCGAGCCACGAAGCCCGCAGCUCCCCGCCAUACCAUCCGUCUGGUGGUGAUGUCAGAUAAGCGCGUGUCGACCAACUCGAAACGCGUGGAUAUUAAAAACUCGUGGCUUAGCGAGGCGUAUUACGACGGCAAGAUCGAGUUUGCUUAUAUAACAACGGCGGAGAUGCCGGCAGACGGGCUGACGAAGAACCUGAAAGUACGUCGGGCUGAAGGACCACUGCCCCUGGCCGCCUUGAUCGCGGGGGUGGCCGCGAAUGAGCCCUCGGGGACGAGGGCAAUUUUACCCGAGACGAGGACGUCGUGGGCGGUCAACGGUGACGGUGGCGGCCCCUACACCUGCUCCAUCAACUUGGACGCCACAGCCCAGCAAUGGACCCCCAUCCAGGUCGCCACCACGCCCCCGGGCCAGAAUUCCCGCAAUCGUCAAGGCGCCGCCACCGAUUUCCCCAUGGUGGCUGCCAUCCCCGCCUCGCAGCAGUGCACGGGAACCGCUGCCGGCCAGAAGAACGUCUGUCUCGUCCGCUGCCAGAACGCAGCCCGUACCGGUCCCUUCGGUGGCGUCGUCCCUAUCCAGAUGGCCGGUGCCGGCGCGGGUGCGGCCGCUGGCAGCUCCAUCGCCGCGAGCGCCAAAGCGGCGCGCAGCAACCUCGCGCGCGAAAUCCUCCGUAGGGAGGCGCUUUUCCGCAAGGUUAUGAAGCGCCAGCAGGCCGAGGAAGACGACGAGGAGGACGAGGAGUGAAGCGUCUACUCUUGACUGGGAGAAUAAGAUGACAUAUUUUAACAUGAUUUAAUGACUCAUACCCAAGACU